GUCAGCUGAGCAGAUAAUUGAAGGGUUUCUGUCUGACUAGCUGAAACUAGUUAGAGGAACACAAAGGAUUGGGAGAUAACAGGCUACAAGCAGCAACUGCUCUUGUAGUGCCAACUCAACUCUCCAAGUAACUCUGUCCUGCUUUAUACCCAGCUAGAGAAGAGUAGGAGAUAAGGAGACGGUGGGAAAACAAUCAACAAGUAAGGAUGGAAUUGCGAGCUUUUUGUGUCAUUGUGUUGGUUGCCUUCCUUGCUGUGAGUUCCCAGGCAGCCAAAACCAAGAAAGAUAAGGGCAAAAAGGCUGCAUCGGACUGCGCAGAGUGGAAGUGGGGAAGUUGUGUCCCUAAUAACAAAGACUGCGGCAUUGGAACUCGGGAUGGGACAUGCAAAGAGGAGACUCGUAAACUUAAGUGCAAGAUUCCAUGCAACUGGAAGAAAGCAUUUGGAGCUGACUGCAAGUACAAGUUUGAGAGCUGGGGAGAAUGCAACACCGAAACUGGGGUGAAAAUCCGGACUGGAAUCCUGAAGAAGGCUAUGUACAACGCUGAAUGCCAGCAAACCGUGGAGGCCAGCAAGCCCUGUGCAUCUAAAACAAAGUCUAAAUCCAAAGGCAAGAAGGGUAAAGGGAAGGAGUAAAAGGUGACUUUGGCGCCCCCUGGAAGAUGUCAUGAGACCUGCACUCUCCCUGCAAGAGUGAUGGAAUCACUGUCUCCCCUUUACAACCUCUCCAAUGUGCACUCUCGCCUGUCCUGUGUCUCUCAUCUCCUCCCAAUUCCUGACCCUCCUCAAACUUAUAUUUUUAAUCACUAAUGAUUUCUAUUGUUUUUUUUAUGUUUUUGUUUGUUUUUUAUUUUUUGAGAAAAAUAAAUAAAUAAAAGGAAUCUUAGAAAAAAAGCAAGUGCCCCCCACUUUUGAUCCAGCUUAAAAAAAAAAAAAAAAAAACUGUGCUGCCCUAAACCUUUUGUAACUUCAGCCUACUGCUGUUUACAGGUACUUCCCAGUCUGUCUGCUUUUCUAUCCGCUUUGUAUCAUGUAUGCUCAUCCCUUUAAUAGCUGCUGUCCGCCUUAUCUCUAUUCACCCCCACAACAUGUAAAAACGUCAUACUUAAUGUGGCUUCUCGUUUCUCUACUUUUAGAAAGAUUCCUUUUUGGGUUUGCAUUUUUUUUUUAAAUAAAUGUACAGUUUUGAA